CGGGAUUUGUAUCCUGCAUAAUAUGAAUAUUUAAUCAUUUCGACUCACCAUGUACAGAACCGUCAAUUCCUGUCUUCUCUCUAUACAGUCUCUUCAUUCCUAGCUCCAAUUAUAUAUCAAAACUCAUAAUAACCUCAAAGUCCUGUCCAAAGAAACAAGCAUGUCCACAAAUAACAUAGUGAUCCUGGGAGCCGGAGUGUCGGGACUCACCACGGCAUAUCUCCUAUCCAAGGAUGCCUCCAACUCAAUCACAGUGCUGGCCAAGCAUAUGCCGGGUGACUACGACAUAGAAUACGCGUCACCUUGGGCAGGUGCCAAUUAUCUUCCGUACGUUCUACAGGGGGUGGGUAAAGCCAGUAGCUCCCAUGGCAAAUGGGAACGAAACACCUGGCCUGCCCUCAAGGAGAUCACAGAGAAGUACCCGGACGCUGGAAUUCAUUUCCAAGAUGCGGUUGUCUAUAAUCGUACAAAAGAUCAGGGAUCAGCAACCGGGGAUUGGUUCUCGGAAUUGGUGCAGAAGGAGCCUUGGUAUAAAGAUGUCGUGCCGGAUUUCCGCAACUUCCCCGACAAUGAGCUGGCCCCCGGCAUUGACAACGCCUCGGUGUUCACUUCUGUCUGUAUCAACACAGCGAUCUAUCUACCCUGGCUAAUUGGCCAAUGUCGCAAGACCGGUGUGGUCUUCAAGCGAGCCGUGAUCAAGCAUGUGGCCGACGCAGCCAGCCUCCAUCAUUCCGGAAAGAAAGCCGACGUGGUAGUCAACUGCACCGGCCUUUCAUCCAGAAAACUAGGAGGAGUCAACGACGACAAGCUCCACCCCAUCCGUGGCCAGGUCGUCGUGGUGCGCAACGACCCCGGCGCAAUGUUCUCGAUCUCCGGCACCGACGACGCCGACGAUGAGAUCACCUACAUGAUGACCCGGGCAGCGGGCGGUGGAACUGUCAUCGGAGGAUCGUACCAGAAGGACCAGUGGGAUCCGCUGCCCGAUCCGAACCUGGCCGUGCGCAUCAUGAAGCGCGCCGUUGCUCUCGUCCCACAACUCGUGGGCAAGGGCCAGGGCAUUGAGGGAUUAGAUGUUAUUAGACAUGGUGUUGGACUACGACCUUUCCGCGAGGGCGGACCACGCAUUGAAACAGAUAAGGUUGAUGGCGUCUCGGUCGUGCAUAACUACGGCCAUGGAGGAUUUGGAUACCAAGCUUCCUUCGGCUGUGCCGCGGAGGCAGUCGAGUUGGUAAACAGCGUCUUGAAACAGAAGGGUCGGGCUAAGCUGUAGGGUCGAUGUACAAUACCUGAUAUACGGAUUGAUCAUGUAUACAAACGAACCGCAACGAGACAGAAUGAAA